CACCCUGAAGAUAAAAAUUGUAUUAACAUUUAUUUUAUUUUUGUGCCCCUUGAGUUACUUCAAUCCAUAACCAACGAAUUGAAGUUCUCCCAGUGAUUUAGUCACUCGUUAGAAUCCACGUUGCGGUUGUCAAUUAAAUAUUUGUAGUCAUCAUCCAGCUGUCGAUGUUUCACGAUUUCUAGUGACGCAUUUGAAUCCGAAUGUUCAGUUGAUCCAAGCAACACUGAGAUUGAUUUUUUAUGAAUUCUCCAUGCAGAUUUUAUCAGAAAAUUGAAGAAACGAUUGAGCAAGUGACAACGGUUGGGGAUUUUGGAGGUUUUCUUUUCUUAAAAUGGAUAAACUCAGGAGAGCCUUGAGUGGUCAGGAGCAGUGUGAUGAGGAGAGUGGAAUCAUGAGUCAGGUGAUGGACGAGACGACUCUCAGCUGGUCAACACGAAUAAAGGGUUUUGCAAUAUGUUUUAUCGUGGGAAUUCUCCUCUCCUUCCUCGGUUCGUUCGCCCUUUUCCUCCACAAAGGACUCAAAGUUUUCGCUGUGUUCUACACCAUAGGGAACAUCGUCUCCCUGGCAAGCACGUGCUUUCUCAUGGGACCAGUCAAUCAACUGAAAAAAAUGUUCGCAGCAACUCGAAUUAUCGCAACAGCUUUAGUCUUCGUGUCCAUUGCAAUGACUUUGUACGCAGCCAUUGGAUUGGAGAGGGCAGGUCUUGCGCUCCUGUUUAUAAUAAUUCAGUCCUUGGCAAUGACUUGGUACUCAUUAUCUUAUAUUCCCUACGCAAGAGAUGCUGUGAAAAAAGCUGUGGAGUCAUGUAUAUCGUAGAAGAAGAACAAUUUUCAUUGGCAUCAAUGAUUUUUUAUAUGAGACAAUAACUAUUACUAAAACUAUUUAACACAUGUUGAUAGCAUUCAUCUGAGCAUUAUCAAUCGUUUAUAACAUUUAUAUUUUUGAUGGAAUUCAUUAUUGUGUCGUCAUAU